CUUACACUGAAGUACUUGUGUCUGACUUCCUACCAGCGAUGCACCAGCUUCCUCCUUCCUUCCUUCCUUCUAUUGCUGCUCAUCAGUGAAUCAUGGUGACCUGCAAGGCAUCUGUCUGACAAGUUGCAGUUUAAGGUAUCUAAGAGAUUAUGGCUUCUGAAGCCCACAAUGAUAGAAAACGAAACCUGUUGCAUAUUGAAGGUUGUCCCAUUGAUCUCCCCAGAAAAAGGAUCUCUUAUUCCCCUAAUAAGAACAUGAAGAAGAAACUUGAAGCUCCCAACCUACCUCUGUCUCCCCAGAUGCCUGUGAACAUAACUGCCAUAGCCAAUGAACAGAGUAAGAAAUCUUCAAAACAGUUGGCUUCAUACACAAACAGAACGACAGUUGGACAAACUUUGGCCAGCCCGUGCUCUCUGUUCAAAGUAGUAUAUUGCAAAAGAAAAGUUCAACAUUACAGCCCAAAGCCUUGUUAUAGAAAAAAUCAGUUCCCUAAGGUCAGGAGUUGUGAAAUGGCAAAUAAGGAAAAUGAGCUCGCUUGUGCAGGUAAUCUGCCAGCAAAACUACACAAUGACAGUCGCACAUUGCUAUUAAAUCCCAGUGAUUCUGGUGCCUCUCAAACAGAAGGUCCAUCAUCAAAAUACAGUGGAUUUUUUUCAGAGGUUUCUCAGGACCAUGAAACUAUGGCGCAAGUUCUUUUCAGUAGAAAUUUGAGGCUGAAUGUAGCUUUAACUUUCUGGAGAAGGAGAAGUAUAAGUGAACUGGUAGCCUACUUACUGAGGAUACAGGAUCUUGGAGUAAUAGUAGAUUGCCUUCCUGUGCUUACCAGCAGUUUACAGGAAGAAAAGCCAUAUAUAUCAGUUGGUUGCUGUGUAGAUCUAUUGACUUUAGUAAAAUUGCUGCUUAAAAGCAAAUAUGAAGAAUAUGUGCUAGUUGGUUUAAAUUGGCUCCAAGCUGUCAUUAAAAGAUGGUGGUCAGAACUAUCUGCACACACGGGAAAGGUAGAGGAUGGAAAUAUUCAGAUUUUAAAAGAGCAAUUAUGUGGACUAUGGAAACAAGAAAAUCAUCUUACCCUGGUUCCAGGAUAUACUGGUAGUAUAGCUAAGGAUGUAGAUGCUUAUUUAUUACAACUACACUGAGAUGUUUGGAGAAUGAGGUGUGCAUAUUUGGCUAAAUAAUCCCGUAGAAUCUCUCUGGAAUUUGUAUCGUUUCCAAAAGACUUCUCUUCUGAGAACUGUUGACAGAAGAGGACUGGAUCUUCAAAACCGUUUAAUGAAACCACUAACAAAAUCCUAACAAUCUACUUCACAUUGAAGUGGAAAAAUGUGUAAUAGGAGCAACUUUUUACUUCAGUGAGGUGAAAGUGCACUAUGAAGACUGUAUGCCUUUGCUGCAUUUGGGAUUUGUCCAGUUACUCAGUAAAGUUGUUUAAGUGCUACUGUAUUUUACUACAAUAUUGCAUAAAAGAAUAUAAAUUGUACCAUCAUGAAGACAACUAUAGAACCAGUUAUAAGGAACCAACAAAACGGAUCACCAUAAUGGCUUUUUAUCUGUUUCAAAGAGAUAUAUGUGCUACUAUUUUCAAGUUACAUUGAGAAAUGUUUAUUUACUAUCUUGUUUUAAUCAAAAUAUUAAAGAUGUUUUUGUUUGCACUAUUGAGGAAAAUGUAUACAACAAGAUGCCUUAAUUACUACUAGUGUUUUUAAAAAAUGCUUGAGGUAUUGAAAUACAAAUCUAUUAUAAUCAACAGAUAAAGACAUAUUGAACACUGCUAUAAAAAUCGGGGUUUUGCAUCAUGCGGAACUCAAUUUGUGAAACUUUUUGCACAUUGACUAAGUGGAUGUUUCCACCUGUCUGAUGUUAAGAAACUCAUCUCAUAUGUGACAUAACUAAAAAUAUAUGAAUUUAAGCCUAUACAAAUGCUUAUUGCAAACUUCUGCAGAUGGGUGUAUAAAUUCACCAAACACUUUUUUUUUGUGUGUCGAUUUCUAAUAUGAUAAUCUCCAGUUCUGUAUCAUUUAAAUUAUGUGCAGCUAAGUAAAUAUACUAAAUUUAUGUAUUUUUUUUUUCUUUUUAAGCUCAAAAAUUUACCUUUUUAUUUCUAGAACAACCUCUUCCACACUACUUUUUAUUACAGAUAUUUAUAUCUACUACUUUAGAAAUGUUUACAACCAGAAUAAGCCGUAUUUUUCAGAUAUAACAACAUUUUAUAUGCUACCUCCAGUUUUAAAAAGUUGAUAAUUGUUUUUUCAAAACUAGUUAUGUUUUCCUGAUUUUUAAUUUUGGCAGAUUUAUGCUACCUUUAAAUCCAAAGGGAACCACAGUGAAAACAAAAUCAGAACAGUUCAUAGCUGUCUUGUCUUACUGAUGUGAUUUUUAGUUUGACUGUUACAGCUCACCUGCUGUGGAAAAAGUCUGGGUUUUUUAAGGCUAACAGCUGUCUUUAUUUUGUAACCAAUGAAAAUGCUUUUCCAGAUAAUUCUGUGAAGUGCCAGCUGUGCACUUAAAACAAACUGAAAGAUGGAACAUGCACCCACCAAGCAAUUGUAUCAGUUCAAAACCAAGAUGAUUAUAGAACUUUUUUCACACUUAAUUUUAACUAUUAUAGUUAUUGUAGCUUCGUAUACAUUCUACUCCACCUCCACACAGGAAAAAUAUUUCUUGCCUGCUCUUUAUAUAUAGGGGCAUCUCUGAAAUGUCUAUAUUGUAAAUUCACUAUGCGGGGAAUCUAAGUUUCCUUGAGUUUACAUGUCAUGAAUGCUAACUUCUAAGGGUCAACUAGGAAAAAAUAUCUUCAGAAUUUGGUGCUUACAUUUUGUAUAGUUGACUAUGCCCUACUUUGUGAAAGAGUACGAACAUCUCAGUAAUGCCAUCUGUCUAAAGAAUAAGAAACUUGAUAGUUUCCAAAGCUGUUAUUGCUUCAAGACAAUCUUUCAGGAUAUUAAACUGGGUACUUCAGAUAAUUUGGAAGUUUUAUGUUUUCCUAUCACCAUCCUACAAUCUUGUCUGUAUGAGAAAUUAUUUCAAGAGUUCAACCUAGCUGGGUUUUUUUUUUUUUUCACCUGCUAGCUUUUGUAAUUUUAGAUGACCUUUUUAGUUCUUUUUAGCUACAGUAAACUUUAAUCAAACUUACCCAUCCUUAAUUCUCCCAGUAGAAGGUAAUUUGCCUUUUUUUUUUUUUUUUUUAAAGAUGUCUCCCUGGUAAUGCACUAAGAGUUUGAAAUGGAAUUUCUUCUCUCCAGUAUAGUAAGUGGAUUUGUGGAACCAGUACCAUAAAUAUAAUUAGAAGCAAAGAUGUUUCUGUACUGUAUAGUGAUCUUCCAUGAUACAGAAAGAUGGCCUUCUAAAUUUCCUCUUUUGAAUUUAACUUGUGAUUACUAGAUCUUUAAAAAAGGCUUUUAAAAGGUACGGAAAGGUAAAGAAGAAGGAAAGCCAUCUUUGUGUUGAUUUUUCGGUGGAGGGAAACAAAUUUCAUGUCGAUUUUAAAAAAAAAAAAAAAAAAAAAAAAAGGAAGGUGGCCUGAGGCUGAAUGAAAUAACUACUGCAAUUUCAAGUGGAAUACAUCUCUUUAAUCCAGUGUGCCAAAUACAUUAUGGUCUAGAAGCAAAAGUAAAGCUGACUUGUAAAUAAUAUGGAUCUUUCCCACCAAAAAAUUCUAUUUUAGCAAGGCUUAAUAAGAAUACAGUAUUAAAAAAUGUUGUCUAGCAUGUGUGCCUUAUUUGAAUGGGCUUAUCUCCUAAUUUGUACCUAUUUUAGGCAGCUACUAAACUAUGUAUGAGAUGUAAAAUCUCUUCAGCCUCUGCAAGAGAAGGCUGAGAGGCGAUAUUGUGACUGCCUACGAGCUCAUCGGGGUGUCAGCAGGGAAUAGGGGACACUGUUUACCAGGGCGCCCCUCGGAGUUACCAGAAAUAAUGGCCACAAACUGAAGGAGAGUAGAUUUAGAUUGGACAUAAGCAAGACAUUCUUUAUAGUAAGGGCUGCCAAAAUAUGGAAUGAGCUUCCAAGGGAGGUGGUGCUUUCCCUAAUGUCUCUCUCUGUCUCUCAGAUCCAUAAAUAAUUCAUUGGGGGGGGCGUUAUUUUGUUUUAAAAACAACCUUUUGCCUAUACCUGUACUGCCACUUGUUGAUCAACUGAAUGGCUUCCGUCAAUGCUGACAAUUUCUUUUUUUUCCUCAUACAGUAUUUUAAUCAGAUCAUAGUUACUAAAUGCAGAUGGAAGGCAAUAUUGAACAUACCUCUGUUAAACUUCUGACCCAACGGAAAGUUAACUUUCAGUAUAAACUACAUUGAGGGGAGAGAAGUUUGUUCAGUUUUAAACUUGAAGGCUUAUUUUUGUUUGCUUUCUUGUGAUAUUGAAGCAUGUAUCUACUUGAGGAUGGAGGCUGCUACACAUCAGUGUUCUUUAUUACACCACUGAAGAUGAAAUUCUUGUCUUUUGAAAACUACAAGAUGCUGUGUUGGAGAAUAUUUGUUCGUUUUUACUCCAGUACUUGCAGAAAGUACCCGAGGCUAUCCUAUUAAAAGAGUUUUGACAGGAAUUGCAAACUGGGGCUUGCCCCAACUCCCUACACAGCCCUUAAGCAAAUUAUGAACUGGUCUCAAAGAACCAAUGUGAAUUGCUACUAUCGGAAUCCAUGUUUUAGUAAUUCUGAUACCUUGCUUAAGAGACUGAGAUUGGGAAAAGCUAAACAAUUAAGUUGAAUGCAAAGAAUCCUUGUUUUUAAGCUGAUAUAUGAUUCUAUUUGAAGGAACCAAGAGAACAUAUUUCUUCCUAAAGAACAGCAAUCGUAAUUCACUUCUGGAAGUUGAAAACUCUUAUAUCUAAGAUAAAUCUUGUAGUGUGAAUUUUCCUAACAUCUCAAUUUUUAUUCUGUGUCUUGUAAUUAAAAAAACGUAUGGAGUGUGUAUGCGUGUUCGGGAGACGGGGCUAGAUGGUAUGCUAUCUAGGUUUUCUUUCCCCCUUUGCCCUUUCCCAUUGCACAAGAAAGUAAGUCUUCUGCACUACUGUUCUCAUACUGGCAUCUAGAGUGUAGUAGAUGCUUUUUUUUUUUUUCUUUUCUUUUUUUUGUUUACUGAGUUUACAGAGUAGAAAUGCUGUGUUGCUUUAUGCAUCCCAUUAGUGGCAUAUGUAAUAUAAUCAAAUCGUAGCUCGGGUGUUUUUGUUUCUGGACUAUUCUUCUGACUUCUUAAUUCCAGGUCCAGCUGACCAGCUAGCACUCUUUUUGUUUAAACUUAAUACAUGAGAGAAUACAAAAAAAAAAACAAAAACCCAAAACAAUUCAUUUUAAACUUUUCAAAUCCACCCUGAAUUAUUUGCCAUAUGAAAUGUACAUUUAGUGUGUGUAAAAAGACUUGCUUGUUGCCAUCUUUUUUGUUAGUUUUUAUAAUUGGGAUCACUAUUUAUUGACAGCCUUAUUCAGCAGACUCCACAGAGCCCAGGGCCUGAAAAGCCAUGGAGACUAAACUAUACAUUACCCUCUUGCACUUAAAAGAAGUUUCUAUUACCCACAGCUGAAACCUAAAUUGGUAGAGCAGCACAGGAAUGCUUUGCUAAUGCUCAUAGUGUACUUUCAUUUUAAACAAUGACUUAUGCAAAAAUAGUCCCUGUGACUUUGAAUGUCCAGUCUAAUGUAUGAGAAGAGGUACCCAUGGGAUUCAAUCUCCAUAUAAUAGUUAAGAGUCAUAUAAUCUAAAGACAUUUGCCUGUUUUUCUGUUGCUAAGAAAUACAAAAAUGGAAGAAACCAAAUGCUGGAAAAUGUUAAAUACCAUGUACAUUAGUAAUUUGGAAAUGAAUGCAUUUCCAGUAAGACUUACUUCAGUGUCAUUACAUAAAUAUUUGUGUAAAAACAUUCAAAAGUCUAGUGGGCACUCAUGAUUUGCAAGUCUGUAUAGGGCUUACUCUCUUAACAGAGGGAGGUCUUAAGGAAGCACAAACAGCUGAGUUCCAGUCCAGACUCUGAUGGUGUCUUGCUUUAUGGCCUUGAACAAUAUCUUGAAUCUUAGCCUUUUCUUCCUGUGUAAAAACAUACAAUGCUACUGGCCGCCUUCCUAGCAUGUAUGUGUCUAUUUUAAGAUAGUUAAUGUUUGUAAAAUGUGUUAAAAAUAAAAUAUCAUUUUCAAAGUGGGUUGGUAUUUUUCAAAGGCUAUUUUUAAAUGUUUCACCUAGUGUAGCAGUAGUGUAUGUAGCUGUCAAGUUUGUGGUGCACCUUUUUAUGCAAAUAGAUCACUUUGACUGUUUUGAUCAGUACAAGUCUCCCCAUCUAUCCUAGAAAAAUGUUUUUUAAAUUCAUUUUUAAUUAUUCAGUCAAACCAAUAACUAGUAAGGAAGCUAUAAUGUAAACAGGCCCCUAUUUAAAAUUUAUUUAUUUAUUGACUGACUGACUGACUCUUUUUUUUUUUUUGCAUAAGUAUGACAUCUGUAUACUCUUUUUUACAACUGCAGAUUUUUUUAAAUGAAAACAUGGUACCCAAAGUAAUGACUGUAAAAACAAUGUAUCAUAAACCUGAUGUAAGUAUUUCUGCAAAUAGGCCUCUGACUUUUUUUUAUAUAAUAUGGUAUAAUUAUCUGUAAAGAGGGUGAACAAGUCUACAUGAAUGUUUGUGCAUAGCAAAAACACUGAACUUUAUUGAAAUCAUAAUUUUUUUCAUGUUCAAGAUCUUUAAGAGCACUUUAGUUAUUACACAAUACUCAUGCAGAUUGCAUCUCAGUAUUUCAAAUUAAAGUGAGCUAAAAAAAAAAAAUCAAGAUAAUGCUAUAAUGUACACCAACGCUAUUUUAAAAUACUUAUGUGAUUUUUUUUUUAAGAAUCUCAUGUAAUUUCUAUAAAGCUUAAAAGGCACAGUCAAUUUAAUUUACUCAGUUUUAUAACAGUUUGAAUCACACCUGCCAAGUUUUGUAGGUUUUUAAAAUGCACAAGAAAUCUGCCAAACUCACUGUCCAAAGCAUUGUCAACAUUGCAAAGUAAUCCAUUUGAAAUAUAGAAUAGAAGAAAUGUUUAGCAUUUUCAAUAACUUGUAGGUGUUGUUACUUAAGUGCAAACGGAGUAGAGGAGGAGGUUUUGUACUGAAUACAGCCUUUUAAAACCCAUAUAACUUUCUAUUUUAUUAUAAACCACCUUACCAGGACGUGAAUUGGAUUU